AUGGAUUAUUCUCUGAAACAUCUACAGGCGCCACGUCAAUUAGCCUAUACGUUGUACAAUGCAAUUGCCAUCCAUGUGGAGGUAUGCAAGUGGGGAAUCGGGCACGGUUAUUUUGAAAAUGGUGGCCCUACAACAUACAGUUUAACCGGCACCGUGCAUGCGGACGUUCCCACUGGUUUUAAACCCGGUCCGUGA